AUGGAAGCCAACAUCCAGCAGUUGAUAGACAAAGAAAAAGAAGCAGAAGAGAGAAUACAGGCCGCUGUUCAUGAUAAAGAAGAGGCCAAGCGCAGGGCCAUACACGAUGCAGAGCUCGCAUUGAGUAUCAUUCAAUCCGAGCAUGAUAAAAAGAUCAAAAAGAUCCAAGAGGAUUCAGAAAUUUAUCUUGAAAGCUUGAGAAAAGAGCUAAAUGAAGAGCACGAGAUGUAUGCAGGUAUUUUUAAUUCAAAGGAUAUUGCAGUUGCAGUUUCAGAAAUAUCAAAGAUAGUAUCAGGGGAACAGAGAGAUCUAAGCAAUUAA